GCAAUUUUCCUCUCAUGUGCUUUCGGAACAGCUUUGAUAUUUUAAAGUGUUUUUGUGUUUAGCGAAUAAAGUAUGGGAAUUCUCGGACUUUCUAAGUUAAUUGCGGACGCCGCGCCUCAAUCAAUUAAAGAAUCAGAGUUAAAACAUUACUUUGGUCGUAAAAUUGCUAUUGACGCUUCUAUGUGUCUCUAUCAAUUUUUAAUCGCUGUGAGAUCCGAUGGGGCACAACUCACAUCUACGGAUGGGGAAACAACCAGUCAUCUCAUGGGAACUUUCUAUAGAACGAUAAGAUUGGUUGAACAGGGAAUAAAACCAGUCUAUGUGUUUGAUGGUAAACCACCAAAUCUAAAAGGUGGAGAACUGGCAAAACGAGCAGAAAAAAGAGACGAGGCACAAAAGCUUCUACAUGCUGCAGAAGAAGCUGGAAAUGUCGAAGACAUGGACAAAUUUAACAGACGUUUGGUCAAAGUUACCAAACAUCACAGCGAGGAAGCAAAACAGCUUUUGAAGUUGAUGGGUGUUCCCUACGUUGAUGCGCCUUGUGAAGCUGAGGCGCAGUGUGCCGCGAUGGUAAAAGCUGGAAAAGUUUAUGCAGUUGCCACUGAAGAUAUGGACGCCCUAACUUUUGGAUCCAAUGUUCUUUUGCGUCGUCUGACUUUCAGCGAGGCGAGAAAAAUGCCCGUUCAGGAAUUCCAUUUCGACAAAGUUCUCGAAGGUUUAGAACUCAACAAGGACGAAUUUAUCGAUCUUUGCAUAAUGUUGGGUUGCGAUUACACCGACAGUAUUAAAGGCGUUGGACCAAAGCGAGCCAUAGAGUUAAUAAAAACUCACAGAUGUCUCGAAAAAAUUCUCGAAAAUCUCGACAAGAAAAAAUUCCCCGUUCCCGAAGAUUGGAAUUACAAGCAGGCACGAAUUUUGUUCCAGGAACCGGAAAUAACAGAUCCCGAAGAAAUUGAGUUGAAAUGGACAGAUCCGGAUGAAGAGGGCCUGGUGAAAUAUCUCUGUGGAGACAAACAGUUUUCGGAAGAGAGGGUAAGAAAUGGAGCGAAAAAAUUGAUAAAAGCCAGAGGCACUUCGACUCAGGGUCGACUCGAUUCAUUUUUCAAAGUUCUGCCCAAUCCAAAUCCUCCGAAACGCAAAGCCGACGAGAAGAAAACUCCAGCGAAAAAAGGAAAAACCGGAGGAAAACGAGGAAGAGGGAAGUAGAUAUUAUUUUUUUUUUUGCUUUGUAAAUUUAGGAUGUAUGAAUUGAUUUGCAUUUGGUCUCGAAACUUUGUGAUAGAAUCACUUUGUAAUUGUUUUCUCGAGUGUGAGAAAUUGUUUUACUUGUUAAGAGAUGACUGCGACUCGUGUUAAUUUAAAAAUGUGCGUGCGAAAGGAAAAUUGUCCUGAGUUUAAUAAAUAUUACCUUUUUUG